ACGCAAACCGCCGGAACGGCAAGCGCUGAAACCUCGUUCAUCACAAAGGGUGCAGCGACAAGACUCGGUCUCCAGUUCCUCAUGGAGGAAUACCCAAACCUUAACGAGAAUCUGCUACGGUUCCAGUCAGACCGGAGGGGAAAGACGCUAAUACAGGUUCGCAACCUCGACAAAGGAGGUUGGUCUAAACCAAGACAGCUGUUCAACGAGGACGGGGGCGUCCGACGGGACGUUGCAAAUCUGAGAGGCUUCAAGCUGGCGAUGGGGUCCGUGGCAGAGGUAGACGCGGUCAUCCAGGUAAACACAGAACGGAUCCAAGAGCUGCAAGGGGUGGUAGCCACAGACUGGGAGACCAUUGACGACCCUAACUCGUCAGAGAGUAGCCGCCAAGAGGCCCGUGAGCGCAACAAGGAGAGGCUGUCCGAGAUUGACGAACUAGAACGCGGAAACCGAGAGCUCGAGAACCAAAAGCCGCUAAGAGAGCGCAUCAAAGCCAUAUUCAAAAAGUACGGCUUUACCGUCACCGCUAUCGGGUUGGCCGUAGCGACGAAGAUCGCGGCCAUUGUGAAGUCGCUCGGCAAGUCGCUCUCCUCCGUGGCCAGAGGGGUCGGUAACGGGCUUAAGGCCAUCGGUAAAAAGCUGAGCGAACUUCUCCCCUGGCUAGUAGGCAGCAUCGCGAACUUCGUGUUUAAGGCUGCAGGGGAAGCGGUGAAAUUCCUUGGCGAAAAUGCGUGGCUGCUCAUUCUAGCCGUAGCCGCGUUCUUGGUUCGUCGAAUGCAAAGCAGUCAUCGGAACAAGUAAUACGCCGCGGCCACCACGAGCACCGACAACCCCACCUUGAGGGCGGUGUGGUCACUUUUCUCGCCCGACAUGGUAGGGGCCGCGCCCUCCGCGUGCACUUUCGCAGGGGUGCUUUGCCGCCGGGGCGGCGCGUGGUCAGUCGCGUGUUGCACCCUAGGAUGCCCACCGGCCAUGUUAUGAGCACCGACUGUCUUUGUCUCGGUGUUGAUCGCGUUUGCGCCGAGCUUCAUGGAGUCCGUGG